UUAAAGUAAUUAAAAUACUUAAGAACCCAUACAUAUUUACAUCUCACAAAUUAAAUGUGGUGACCGCAUUUCUCUAUUAUAUAUGUGAUAUGUGUGUAUUUAAUCCAACGAAAUUAAGCUUCUUCAGCAUUAAUUCGUCUUAGUAUUCUGUAAGUAAAUAUAUAUAUGGAUGCCUUAUCAAGAGACCAAGCGGAGAUAUUUGAACACAUGUUCAGCUUUGUGGACUCAAUGGCACUAAAAUGCGCCGUGGAGCUUCGUAUAGCCGACAUCAUUCACUCCCAAGAUUGCCCAAUCUCCUUAACCCAAAUAGCUUCCAAAAUUAUUACUAAUUCUCAUAAUAGUCCCAUGAUCUCCUCUUCCCCAGAUAAUAAUACCAUGCUUUACCUCAACCGCAUCAUGACCUCGCUCGUACGCAAGAAGAUCUUCACAGCACAAUAUGAUCAUGAUCAGAACAAUAAUCAGACAGUGCUGUAUUAUGGGGUGACCUCCAAGUCACGAUGGCUACUAAGAGACGCCAAGCCAAGCUUGGCACCGCUUAUACUGAUGGAAAACCACCCCAUACAGAUGGCGCCUUGGCAUUACUUUAGCCACAUCAUCAAGGAUCAGGAGGGUAGCGCCACCGCUUACGAAAAGGCACACGGCUGCGGCAUCUUCGAGUUGGCGUCUGUUAAUGGCGAACUGAACAAGAUUUUUAACGAUGGUAUGGCCUGUCUUGGGGAGAUGGUGAUGGGAGCGAUUCUACCUGCUUACGAUGUGUUCGGUUGUAUGGGAUCAUUGGUGGACGUGGGAGGUGGGAUUGGUGGGGAUUUAGCUGAGAUUGUUAAAUCUCAUCCGCAUAUCAAAGGGAUUAACUUUGAUUUGCCACAUGUCACUGCUACGGCGCCGGAGUCUAAUGGUGUCACCCACGUCGCAGGUAACAUGUUCGAAUCUGUUCCUAGCGCAGAUGCCAUCUUCAUCAAGUGGGUACUACAUGAUUGGUGCGACGAAGAGUGCGUGAAAAUUCUAAGAAACUGUCGCAAGGCAAUACCAGAAAAGAAUGGGAAGGUAAUAAUCGUGGAGAUUGUAUUGAAAGAUUCAUCACAAAAUAAGGAAAACGACGACGUUUUUGACGAAACUCGUAUGAUAUUCGAUAUGGUGAUGAUGGCCCAUACUUGUAGAGGGAAGGAGAGAACCGAGUUUGAGUGGAAGAAACUGUUAGAGGAAGCUGGCUUUCCUCGUUAUAAAAUCACUAAAAUUCCAGCUAUACCCUCUAUUAUUGAAGCCUAUCCUUUUUAAUAAAUAUUUCAAUUACAAAAAUUAUCAAAACGGUAUCAUCAGUUAUAUAUGGCUUGUUGCUAUAUAUAUAAAUGUUUUUCAAUUAAUUAUAAUAAUAUUUAUGUUGUUUAUUUAUUAAGCAACUCUAGUAUAUAUAGCUGCCUGCUUGUGUUGCAAUAUUUAUAUAUUUUGUUCUCCAUUAAUUAUGUAAGGUUUCAAGCAAGUGUUAAAUAAAUUGGAGUGUUUAAUUCUUCAA